AUGUAUCAACCUUUGGGGUUUAAAGAUCCGGCUCAUCCUGAUCAUGUAUGUCUUUUGAGAAAGUCUCUCUAUGGUUUGAAACAGGCACCCCGCGCUUGGUAUCAACGUUUUGCUGAUUUUGCUGCAUCAAUUGGCUUUAAUCACAGCAAAUUGGAUACUUCUUUAUUCAUUUAUCGCCAUGAUCAUGACACUGCUUACAUUCUUCUUUAUAUUGAUGACAUUGUGCUCACUGCUUCUUCAGAGUCCCUUCGGAAAUAUGUCAUUUCUCAACUUAGCACUGAAUUUGCAAUGAAAGAUUUGGGUCCUUUGAGUUAUUUCUUAGGCAUUGCUGUUACCCGACACAAGAAUUGUUUGUUCUUGUCUCAAACGAAAUAUGCUCAUGACAUUAUUAAGAAAGCAGGUAUGACAGAUUGUAAUCCAGCUUCCACUCCUGUUGAUUCUAAAGGAAAGAUGAGCACUCAAUCCGGCAUUUCUUAUGGAGAUCCUACCUCUUAUCGUUCUUUAUGUGGGGCGUUACAGUACUUGACAUUCACUCGUCCGGACAUUUCUUAUGAUGUACAACAAGUUUGCUUGUUUAUGCAUGCUCCUCAAGUUGCUCACAUGAAUGCCUUAAAACGAAUCAUCCGUUAUAUUCAAGGCACUGCUGAUUAUGGUUUGCAUUUAUACAAAUCAUCUAUUACUUCCCUUAUUUUUAUACGGAUGCUGAUUGGGGCGGGUGUCCUGAUACUCGUCGAUCUACAUCAGAUGGUCCCUCUUUCUGAUUUGCAUGUCUCCCCUAUGCAAUACACAGAUUCUCCUAAGCUCUGCAGAAAGGCUGGUGCAAUGGCACCUGAUCAUGAUAUAAAUGGUUUUAAUCAUUUUAGAACAAUUCUCAAUGCCCUCUACAAGUACAACAACAUCUAUGUGCAUACAUUUUGCUGA